AUGAAAUUCUGGCUCUUGCUCGUCGUUUUGGCCUCAGUGCUCAACUUUUCUUCGGGAAGAGUCUAUCAACACAAAUUGAUCAGAAGGGUUUCCCCAAAAAUGCGAAUGCUCAAUGCAGGCAUAUGGGCUGAUUAUUUAAAAGAAAAAGAUCAAGCUCGGCUUUCGCCGGAGCACAUUUUGGGAUCUUUCCCACAAAAGGUGUACGAUUUUCAAGAUUUGGAAUACAUUGCCAACAUCACCAUUGGAUCAAAUCAACAAGAAUUCAAGGUUAUUCUGGACACGGGAUCAGCGAAUCUCUGGGUUCCCGACAGAAGUUGCGUCGAUGCACAAUGUGACGGAAAAGAUAAAUUCGAUCAAGACAAAUCAAGCACCUAUGUGAGAGAUGGACGUCAAUUUUGGAUGAAUUUUGGAAAGGGACAGGCCACUGGAUUCCUUGGAGUGGAUACUGUUAGAAUUGAAGCCCCCUCGGAGAAUCAACUGGUCAUUCCGACCACUAUCUUCGCACAAGCUAAUUUUAUUUCACCAUUCUAUGCCGGAGAUCCAGUCGAUGGAGUCCUCGGAUUGGCCUUCACCUCUUUGGCAAUCGAUCAAGUUACACCACCACUCAUCAAUGCCAUCAAUCAAGGCCUCCUCGAUGAACCCAUUUUCACCGUCUUUUUGAUGCACAAUAAAGCC